AUGUUUCAAUCAUCAAGUGGGAUGAAAAAGGCCGAGUCACGCUCUGAUCGUGCGAUUAACACAGCGAAAUUUUUCUUUCUUCCUCUGCGUUUUUUCAGGUGGUUAAAGGAUUCUGGUCCUAAAACUACCUAUAUUGAAGAUAUGAUGUAUGAUUUGUUAGGUUUUAACAAAGAAACUAAUUCUAAUAGUAUUCCAUUGAUUGAUUUUACUGAUGAUUUGUUUGAAGAGAGUUUGAAUCCUUGGAGAUUCUCACUUAUUGGAAGGUUGAAUUUACAACAAAUCAAAUUUAUUAAUGCUCUAGUUAUUCUUCGAAAACAAUGGAAGUUGGUGGGUAAUUGCAAACUUAUACCACUAGGAAGGGGUUUCUUUACGAUUAAGCUGGAUAAUGAAACAUGUCAUCAAUACAUAAAGGAAGGAACAUGGGAGGUGCUUAAUCAGAUAUGUAAAGAAAUAGGCACUCUAAUCAAACUAGAUGAAUCCACUGUUAAAUGUGAAGUUGGGUAUUAUGCUAAUGUUCUAGUUGAGGUUAAUUUUGCUAAAACUAUCCCUAAUAAAAUUUGGAUUGGUACUAAAUAUGGAGGUUUCUUUCAGAGCAUCUCCAUUCCAUUUUGUCCCAAAUUUUGCUCAACCUGUAAGAUUGUUGGACAUCUUAUCACUGAAUGCAGAAUUGAAAAGUACAAAAAUCAGUCAGCAAAUGAAGUUCAGUCCAAUAGCAAAAACAAGUCUGCAUCAACUCCAGUUCAGCAACAAAAUCCUAAAAGUACUCCUAUACCUUUUGAUAUUUGUGACAGGUCUGAGGUAGAGCAAGAAGUUAAUAUUCUGGAAAAAGAGCAGGGUAGUACAUCUAAUACUGUUGGAAAUCAAUUUAUUGGAGAAGAUUCUAUUGUAUCCAAGAUUGUUUCACCUGGUAAUAGUCAAUCAUCCAAUAAUUUAGUUUUGGUUAACAUGGAAGGAGGGAGAUUUAGUGCUCUUGAUCAAUUUGAACAAAAAGAAGAUGAUGUUAUUAGUGUUGAUGAAGAAAUAUUGGCUGAAAUGGAUCCUCAGAAAAUGCUUCAAAUUGCUGAGGCUACUGAUCUGGAGAACAGUGUAGUGAAAUUUGUGCAUGCCAACUCAGGGAAAGUAACUAAUCAGUCAGUACCAUUCACCACUUGGACUUCAGUGGUGAACUCUUCUGGUAGUAAACCAUCUGAAACUGAGGUUAGUAAAUCUUCUACUAUUAUCAAGAAUAAUUCAGUUGAAGUUGGUAAUGUAUUGGUGUCAGGGGUUCAUGCACAUGUUAAAAUGGUACAAAGGAGAUUUAUCUGGUCAGAAAUACAACUAAUAAGUGAUCUUAAAAGACCUUGGUUAGUUAUAGGUGACUUUAAUGCAAUCCUUACAAUGGAUGAAAAAGUUGGUGGAAAUUCUCUUUCAAGAAGAUCCAUGCUAGAUUUCAGUGAUUGUGUAAAUGCUUGUGAAUUACUUCAAGUACCUAAAGUUGGAUUGGAUUUUAACUGGUCAAAUUACCAACAUGGGCUAAAAAGACUACUAUGUAACCUAGAUAGAGCAAUGUUCAACAUGGAGUGGCUAAGGUUAUAUAGUGACUGGGGGUACAAAGUGGGAGUUAGAGUAGUCUCAGAUCAUUCACCUUUAAUGGGUGGAUGUGUUAAUAUACAAAAACCUUCUAAUGUACCUCUCAGAUUUCAAAAAAUAUGGUUAGAACAUGAAGGUUUUAUGAAAGUGGUUGAAGACUGUUGGUCUGAACCAGUUAAUGGAGAUCCUUCUUUUAUUUUCAUGUACAAGCUUAAGAAAUUGAGGGGUAUUCUGAAAGAAUGGAACUGGAAAGUUUUUGGCAACGUUCAGCAUAAGAUUAGGGAGGCUGAGGAGGUAGUAAAACAAAAAAAUGAGGAAGUCUGA